UCAAGCCGCGCGCGCCGGUGUGGCCUCAAUGAAGAGAGGAUGAAGCUCAUCCUCGCAUGGCUGUUGACAGCAGCCGCUGUUCAGGAUUUGGGCGGCUUUGAGGAGGACCCGCAAGGUGUCUUCCACCCCCGGAACGCGGACGACGGAGGUGAUGCGGAGGUGCUCAAGGCGGACGUCGCCGACGUGAAGGCGGAGCCGGCGCCUGUCGUGGAGGGCGAUGUGCAGGAAGUUGCCGGGGGCGGUCAGGUGGCCGCCGCCCCGGUGAAGGAGGUGCUCCGGGUCCUGAGGGCCCUCUCCAAGCGAGUGGACCUGCGAGACAGGAGAGAGAAGAAGAUCUACGAGGAGUUUGGACAGUACUGUUUGAAAGGCUCCGGGUCCCUGGAGAAGAGUCUCAAGGAGUCCCAAGCCGAGCUGCCGCAUCUGCAGCUGGGCCUCGUGGAGGCGGAGAGGAGGCGCCAGGCGCUGCUCGAGGAGAUGCAGGUGCACGAGAACGAGGCGGCGGGUUGCAAGUCCGCGCUGGCGGGCGCCUCCGCCAUCCGCCAAGAGGAGCUUAAGGCCUACGAGAAGGAGCUGGCCACUUUGACCGGCAACCAGCGGAGGCUCCAAGAGCUUUUGGCGCAGGACGGCACAGCCCUGGCACAGCUCUCAAGAGGCGCCCAGAACUCCAGCGAGUCCUUGAGGCUAAGCCUGUCUUCAAGCAGCACGGCUGAGCUGCUGGAGCUGCUGCAAGACCCCGGCGCCACGCAGGGCCAGAAGAUCCAAGUCAUGGAGAUGCUGCGGAACAUGCUGGAGGGCGUGGGCCGGGACUUGGCGGAGCUGAAGGCCCAGGAGCUGAAGCGCGCCACGGGCUUCCGCGCCAUGGAGCGCGCGAAGGCGGAGGAGCUGCAGUCUCUGCAGAGGAGCCUCCAGCAGAAGAAGGAGAGAGACGCCGCUUUCCAGAAGCAGAUGGCCUCUUUGCGGCUGGAACGCGAGGACACAGCAGCUGUAGUGGACGAUGCGGACAAGCUGACCAAAAGCUUGAGCAACUGGUGCGAGAUCCGCAGAGGUCAGCACACAGAGAUGCAGCUGAAGAUGCAGGAGGAGAGCAAGACGCUGCAGAGCGCAUCAAAGCUGCUGUUGGGCGGAGGCCUUGAGGGCUUUCAGCCCGUGGUGACCUUCUUGCAGCUCGCGCAGAGGCACCAGCACAGCAUGGCCGCGGAGGUGAAGUCCAACUCUUCCGCGCUGCGCCGGUCCUUGCGCGGCAAGGGAGGCCCCGCGCUGGCCAAGAUCACCAAGCUGGUGGACUCCAUGGUCACGGUGCUGGAGAAAGACCAGGAGGACGACGACCUCAAGAUCCAGAUGUGCAAGGACGAGUUGGCCAGCUCACAAGACGCUCAAACCGCCCUCAGCGAGAAGGAGCAAGGCAAGGCCGCGGACAUCGCGUCGCUCAGCGAGCAGCUGGAGAACUUGGAGCGGGACGUGGCGGCGGAGAAGAAGGCCAUCUCGCGGGUGGAUUGGGUGGUCGCCACGGCCAGCACCUUGCGGGAGAAGGAGCACAAGCAUCUGGCCACCUCCAUCGCCCAAGGUGCUGCUGCAGUGGAUGUGCUGCACAAAGCCACGAACUCGCUGGAGAAGUAUCUCCAGGAGGGCGGCGUCUUGCUGCAGACCGACAGAUCGGAUGAUGAGGAGUUCGGCUUCCUCACCGAGAGCGCCAAGGGCAGUGACGCCUCCGUGGCCCUGCGGGCACUGGAGGCAGUGAAGGCAGCGGUGAGGUCGGAGGUGGAUCAAGUGAAGCUUCGUGAGACAGCUGACCAAGCAGCCUACGUCGCCCUGCUGGGGGUGGCACGGAGCUCGAGAAGAAAGGAUGCAUACACCCUCACAGACUUUGUGGGAGGGCAAGCCGCCCUGGCCGCAGAGGCGCAGAGGAUUCUCAACCGCCAGAAGGCGCUCAAGGAGCAGAUGGGCCUCACCGAUCAGCUGGUGAGCACCCUGAAGGAGGAGUGCGACAAGCUGAUGGCCAACUACGAGGCCCAGAAGCUGGCGAGGCGCCAGGAGAUCGAAGCCCUGCACGCCAAGAAGAAGGCCUUAGAAGCUUCCCUUGCCGGGGUGGACCUGCAGUGAUCUGCCCAUCCCUGACGCCAGUUACGCCUGCCGCGGGUGCAAAAGCCAAAGGGGCGGCGCUCGAGCCGCGAAACCGGGGCUUGGAGCGGAGCGGUUGAGAGAGGGCUCGAGCCGAAGCUCGCCUCUCAAGAUAGGAGAACCCCCAAAUGGGUGGUGUCCUUUUCGUUCCCCU